CGGUCCGCGCCGGCCAGGCCAUGAAUGGGCUGCCCUCGGCCGAGGCGCCGGGCGGCGCUGGCUGCGCCCUGGCCGGGCUCCCUCCGCUACCGCGCGGCCUCAGCGGUCUCCUCAACGCAAGCGGGGGUUCGUGGCGGGAGCUGGAGCGCGUCUACAGCCAGCGCAGCCGCAUCCACGACGAGCUGAGCCGCGCCGCCCGCCUCCCAGAUGGGCCCCGCUACGCGGCGGGCGCCACCAACGCGGGAGCCGCCGCAGGUCCCCCCGGCCCGCGUCGUCCUGUUAAUCUCGACUCAGCACUAGCAGCGCUGCGCAAAGAGAUGGUGGGGCUGCGGCAGCUGGAUAUGUCCCUGCUGUGCCAGCUGUGGGGCCUGUACGAGUCAAUCCAAGACUAUAAGCACCUGUGCCAAGACUUGAGCCUGUGCCAGGACCUGUCAUCCUCCCUGCACUCAGACAGCUCUUAUCCACCUGAUGCUGGCCUUUCUGAUGACGAUGAGCCUCCUGAUGCCAGCCUACCCCCGGACCCACCACCCCUCACUGUGCCCCAGACACACAAUGCCCGUGACCAGUGGCUGCAGGACGCCUUUCACAUCAGCCUCUGAAGAGCUGAGGGUGGGGGGAACAUGCACCCAUGCAAAAGGCUCAGAAACUCACCCCUUAGUAAGUACUCAGACUUAUAGUGCCUGCUUUCCCCUAUACCCACUUCACAAGGCAAGCCUCGAGCCCCUCAGAGGCAAAACUGCCAACCACCUCUUUUCUGACUCUGGUUAGCUAACACUGGGGCAGGCACCUGGGCCACAGCCUUUGCCCACCGCACUGGACCUCCACUACUCCCACAUGUGUGCACCCCAGCUUGGCCAACCUUCAGUCUAGUGGUGGGGCCCAAAGCAUCUGGCACUCCCCUUGACGUCUCUGGGAUUGGGAUGAGUGCUUGGUUCCCAUCUUUUCACCUUUUGCUGCUAUGGCAGCUGCUGGCUCAGGGGCAUCCCACCUUUGGUCCCUGGGUUCCACUGCUCUAGACCAGGGCAUUCCCAUUCUUGCACCCACCCACGGCCGGGAGGGCCAAGGCUCCGUGCUGGAUAUUUAAGUUUAGGGGCCAGACUCUUGGGCACGUAGUUAAAUAAAUCCUCUCUCGGCUUU